AUGGAAUCGAAUCGUCCUCACUUCAAGCUGAUUUUGGGAUCUUCUUCGAUUGCUAGACGUAAGAUAUUAGGAGACAUGGGAUACGAAUUCACUCUCAUGAGUGCUGAUAUUGAUGAGAAAAGCAUCCGCAAGGAGAAACCUGAAGAGUUGGUAUUGGCUUUAGCUGAGGCUAAGGCUGAAGCAAUCAUGCAGCGGAUCCCUGGUGAUGACAACAUAGAGGAGGAUAAGUCGACUUUACUUGUUACUUGUGACCAAGUGGUUGUCUAUGAAGAUACCGUCAGAGAGAAACCUUCGAGUGUUGAAGAGGCAAGGGAAUACAUAAGAGGCUAUUCCAAGGGUCACGCAGCAACAGUAAGUUCUGUGGUUGUUACAAAUCUCAAAACAGGAGUCAGAAAAGGAGGCGUCGAUAGAGUGGAGAUCUAUUUCCAUGAAAUACCCGAGGAGACUAUCGAGAAACUGAUUGAGGAAGGCAUGGUGCUUAAGGUGGCUGGUGCACUCGUAAUCGAGCAUCCUCUAAUAUUGCCACUCGUUAAGGAAGUGGUUGGGACAACAGAUAGCGUGAUGGGUCUUCCCAAAGAAUUGACUGAGAAACUUCUAAAGGAAGUAUUGGUAAGCACAUAG